AGGCUGAGAUUUCUGUCUUUGCAGCCUAUUUGGCUGACUGGUUGCGAUGCGCAUCACUUGCUGGUUUAAUGCUUGUUCAAGACCCAAAUUGCAGUGGGGUUUUGAGGAUUGGCAGGUUUAUUUUUCAUCACAGGUCCCUGACGGUAGAAACCGGAGUGGCUGGACAGGGCCUUGGGAGAAUUCGGACAGCGGAAGUAAGGACGAGGCCAACCCCCAACGCCUGCGGCAUCUGCUGCGAGCGCGUAAGGCGCACCCCGGGGUAACAGCGCAGGUCCAGGCUGCGCCGCAGCCUCGCCCGCACAGCUAUUUUUAGCCGCCGCAGCCAGCCCGGCCACGUGACAGAGUGGGCGGCACCCAAGAGCGCUCCGCCCACGGAGGCCCCACCCACGCCGCGCCGGGAGCCGCCAGGCCGGGAGCACUCGCCACUGGUCUCAGAGUCCGCGCCCGGCGCCGGCGGCAAUGAAGAUCUGGAGCUCGGAGCACGUGUUCGGCCACCCGUGGGACACCGUCAUCCAGGCGGCCAUGCGCAAGUACCCGAACCCGAUGAACCCCAGCGUGCUGGGCGUGGACGUGCUGCAGCGCCGCGUGGACUGCCGCGGCCGCCUGCACAGCCUGCGCCUGCUCAGCACCGAGUGGGGGCUGCCUGGCCUCGUGAGAGCGAUUUUGGGAACCAGUAGGACUUUGACAUACAUCCAAGAACAUUCUGUGGUGGAUCCAGUGGAAAAGAAAAUGGAACUUUGUUCCACCAAUAUCACACUCACAAAUUUGGUGUCAGUUAAUGAGAGGUUGGUGUACAUACCUCAUCCAGAGAACCCAGAAAUGACCAUGCUCACACAAGAAGCCAUCAUCACUGUGAAGGGGAUUAGCCUCGGUAGUUAUUUGGAAAGUUUAAUGGCCAACACAAUAUCAUCCAACGCAAAGAAGGGGUGGGCCGCCAUCGAGUGGAUAAUUGAACACUCUGAAAGUGCUGUGAGCUAAGGAGGCCUGCGCCUGCGCUUGUCAUAAAUGGCGGAUUUAGAUUUCGAGGAAGCUUGAGCUGCGGCCCUCUGGGUCGGACGGAGGCAGCUGAGCCUCUCCAGCAAGCCGCCCUCUGGUUCAGUUGCCGAGGCGACCGCGGUGACUGCGCAGAGUCUGCGCGAGUGGCCAGGCCUGUGCCGACGGGGCGCUGCCCUUUGGGUGCAUCCGCAUCUGCUGCUGUGAGCAAGGUCCUGUACCCACCUCUUUGCUUGCUCCAAGCCAGUGCACGGCCAUUCCCUUUUAGCGGUGGAAGCCUUUUCGGAUGUUUCCUUGAGUUUCACAAACGUUCCCUGGCUUCCUGGGCCGCCAGCGACUGGACUUCGAGUGGCCCUGCCCCGACGGUGAGCGGUCACCCCGCUCCCAGGGGAGGAUGCGCCACCCGCCGGCGGCUUGGGCCCACGGCCGCGCUGCACUGCUCUGGGCCGCUCGUCCCCUUCUUUCCCGAUCUGUUUCUGACGUGUGUGGCUCCGGGCGUCCGGAAGUUCUUAAGAACUUCGUGCUGAUUUUUUCCGAGUCACUGAAGCCGCGCUUUGCUCUCCUUGAACUCAAGCUGGGGUGGUCAUGGGCCUUGCCUCCUUCAUGGCCGCACCCUGAGUUCAGCGCACGUAGGACCCUCGCCUGGCGUCUUAUGUCUGUGUGCUGUGUGCUGUGUGCGGUGUGUGUGUUGUGUGGUGUGUG